AUGGACAGCCUCAGCUGCUCUGAAUCCAGUGCUGUAGCCGCUGAUGUUCUCCGAGAUCCUGCAUCACUGAAAUCUGCUGCAUCAUAUGUUGCGUGGUUUUUCCUCAUUCUUUGGUUUUGUUUGCUGUUUGUCGUUCCAGGUGUUGGAAAGAGCAGUCUUCUCCUGCGCUUUGCAGACAACACUUUUUCAGGUAGUUACAUCACCACUAUAGGAGUCGACUUCAAGAUCCGGACGGUGGAGAUUAAUGGAGAGAAGGUGAAGCUGCAGAUAUGGGACACAGCCGGACAAGAGCGAUUCCGAACCAUCACGUCUACGUAUUACAGAGGAACCCAUGGGGUCAUAGUAGUGUAUGAUGUCACCAGUGCUGAAUCCUUUGUCAAUGUCAAGCGAUGGCUGCAUGAAAUAAACCAGAACUGCGAUGACGUCUGUCAAAUAUUAGUGGGCAAUAAAAAUGACGAUCCAAACUCUAAGGUUGUGGAGACGAAUGAUGCACAGAAGUUUGCUGAGCAGAUGGGAAUCAGCCUGUUUGAGACGAGCGCAAAAGAGAACAUCAGUGUGGAGGAGAUGUUUAACUGCAUCACAGAGCUGGUGCUCCGGGCAAAGAAAGAGUCUGUGGCCAAACAGCAGCAGCAGAACGAUGUGAUUAAACUCAGCAAGAAUAGCAAACGAAAAAAAAAAUGCUGCUAGUGGAUGGACAGAUGUUCCUCUGCACGGCGAUCUGCACACGCAGAUGGACUGUGAUCAUCUCACUUAAGAUUUCACAAAAACACAGUGCGGAAAAAUGCAGUCCUUUUUGGACCUAGACAAACCACAGUGACUUUUUAAAAGAAAAUGUACAGAUUUUAUCAGAGUCGAGGAGUUUUAUGUGGAAUUUGUGAUAUUUAAUAAAAGAUCCUCCUUCUUUAUUGAAGGACCAGCAACCUGACGUGAUCACCAAACCAUGCAGGUUCUUGUAUGCUUACUCUCUGUAUACUCUACAGUGAUUAUAUAUCUCUAUUAUCCACCAUCUCAGGAGUGAUUUUUAUUUACGUCUUUAUUUUGCUUAUCUUUCUCUCUUUUUUUUGUGGAAUGCCAUUGUUUUUGUCUGCAAGAACAAUUUGGGCCUUUUUUCCCCUUUUUGCGUUCUUUACCUCUUUUUUUUAUUAUAUGAAAGCAUGCAAUUACUCACCAUGGACUCAAAAGGAGACAGAUGCCAACAACUUUGAGUUUUUAUUAGUUCAUUUUUAGAUAAUAUCAAUUAAGUGAUCCAUCAUGGGUUUUUUCUUUUUUUCUCAAGCCUGUUUCAUUGGGUGAACCUCGCAAAAAAAGCAUCUCCAGGUCACAUUUAAAAAUGUAAAUUCUUACAUUUUUGCAUAAAGAAUAUGAAGCCUAUGUUUAGGAUCAAGCACAUUUCAUCCGAAAUUCUCAUUGCCAAUGCAAGAAAUUUGAUGUUUAUAAAUUGUAAAGUAAUUAUACAUCAUGAUAGUAUUUGUUGUACUUCAUUUAACUGAUGCUUGUUUAAAGACAUUUUUGUAUCAUUUGAUAUUUUUUGCUGUAGUACAUUAAAAAUGACUAUUAUAGCAAUGAGAAUUAAAACAUCUGGAUGUGUUUCAGUAAUGUGCAUUAAAAAGAGCAUUAGCAUUAAUCAUCAUGAAAAUAAAGUCAAU